GUCAGCCGCACUGCCUUCCCGCCAUCAGAGUGGCUGGGUGCACCCUCCCAGAGGUCAGGGCUGCCGGAGGAGGAUGGGCUGCCUGGAUAGCCUGCCUGGAGGCCCCGAGCGCCUGCUCUGACCCACUCCAGCUGCUCCCGGUGAUUGCUCCGCGGACCCACGCUGUCUGAACAGCUCCUCGCCAUGAGCCACAGACUCCUCUUGGCCUUUGUGUGCCUCCAUCUCCUCUCGCCAAGGAUGUGCGUCCAGGGCAGCCAGUUCCACACGGAGGCCAGCAGGGGCGACAAGCUUUCCCUGCCUGGCUUCGAGAACCUCACAGCGGGCUACAACAAAUUUCUCAGGCCCAAUUUUGGCGGAGCCCCAGUUCACAUAGCACUGACUUUGGACAUCGCAAGCAUCUCCAGCAUUUCAGAGAGCAACAUGGACUACACGGCCACCAUCUACCUCCGCCAGCGCUGGACAGACCCGCGGCUGGUAUUUGAGGGCAACAAGAGCUUCACGCUGGACGCCCGCCUCGUGGAGUUCCUCUGGGUGCCAGACACGUACAUCGUUGAGUCCAAGAAGUCCUUUCUCCACGAGGUCACUGUGAGAAACAGGCUCAUCCGCCUCUUCUCCAACGGCACGGUCCUGUAUGCACUCAGAAUCACAACAACUGUUACUUGUAACAUGGACCUGUCUAAAUACCCCAUGGACACACAGACGUGCAAGCUGCAGCUGGAGAGCUGGGGCUAUGAUGGAAGCGACGUGGAGUUCACCUGGCUGAGAGGCAACGAUUCCGUGCGCGGCCUGGAGAACCUGCGGCUGGCCCAGUACACGGUGCAGCGGUACUUCACCUCAGUCACCACAUCCCAGCAGGAGACAGGAAAUUACACGCGACUGGUCUUGCAGUUUGAACUGCGGAGAAACGUUUUGUAUUUCAUCCUGGAAACCUAUGUCCCUUCCACGUUCCUGGUGGUGCUGUCCUGGGUUUCUUUCUGGAUCUCCCUGGACUCCGUGCCUGCAAGAACCUGCAUUGGGGUGACUACUGUGCUGUCGAUGACCACGCUGAUGAUCGGCUCCCGCACGUCCCUGCCUAACACCAACUGCUUCAUCAAGGCCAUCGACGUGUACCUGGGCAUCUGCUUCAGCUUCGUGUUCGGGGCCUUGCUGGAGUACGCCAUCGCACACUACAGCUCCUUACAGCAGAUGGCAGCCAAGGACAGGGGGGCAGAGAAGGAGGUGGAGGAAGUCAACAUCACCAACAUCAUCAACAGCUCCAUCUCCAGCUUUAAACGGAAGAUCAGCUUUGCCAGCAUUGAGAUUUCUGGUGACAAUGUUGACUACAGCGACCUGACAAUGAAAGCCGGUGACAAGUUUAAGGUCAUCUUCCGGGAGAAAAUCGGCAAGAUUGCAGAUUGUUUCACAAUUCAAAACCCCAGCAAUGUUGACCGAUAUUCCAAACUGCUAUUUCCUUUGAUUUUUAUGCUGGCCAAUGUAUUUUACUGGGCAUACUACAUGUAUUUUUGAGAUGAUGUUCGACUCCUUACAUGCCACAGGCGUUUAGCAGAACGAGAUGACAAUGACGAGGUGGAGGCCAUUCUAGGCCAAAUGCGCAGCCCCGUCCAGUGGGCUUCAAAGUGGCUCCGAUAGCGUUCGGCCAUCGCUCUUCUCAGCCACCAAUGUGGGCCUAGCAUCACAGGGUCUCGUAACAGAAACCUCCCUCAUCUCUGUGAGGGAGACCCGGUGCAGCCAGGAUUACGGCCGGCCCGGCUGGGUGCCAGAGGCUCCCUGGUCUGCAUUUACAGCUGAGAGCCUGGGCAGGACGCUUCACAAGUGCUGAGUGACGCUGGGGCGUCAGGGGUCACGUCCAAAUUCAUCAUCCCGGCAUUCACUAACUCUCUGCUGUGCUUGUGAAGUAGGGGGUUGCCUGUUUAGAGACUAACAUUUUAUACUCUUUGUUUUUAAUUAAAAUGAAA